UAUAUAUAUAUAUAUCAUCUCGUCGGAGAAAUUAUAGUGUCGUGUUGAACCGAAAUUUUCCAAGAAGACGAUUCGAUUCUGUUCUAAUCGGAGAAGAUGGAGAAAGCGAUCGAGAGGCAGAGGGUUUUGCUUGAGCAUCUCCGUCCUUCUUCUUCUUCCUCGCACAAUUUCGAGGCUUCUCUCUCUGCCUCAGCCUGCUUGGCGGGAGACAGUGCUUCAUAUCAGAGGGCUUCACUAUAUGGGGAUGAUGUUGUGAUUGUCGCGGCAUAUAGGACAGCACUUUGCAAAUCGAAGCGUGGGGGCUUCAAGGACACAUAUCCAGACGACUUGCUUGCACCUGUUUUGAGGGCGUUGAUAGAGAAGAAAAAUGUUAACCCGGCUGAAGUUGGUGACAUUGUUGUGGGAACUGUUUUGGCGGCAGGAUCUCAAAGAGCCAGUGAAUGCAGGAUGGCUGCGUUCUAUGCCGGCUUCCCUGAAACUGUGCCUGUCAGAACCGUGAACCGACAGUGUUCAUCUGGGCUUCAAGCUGUUGCUGAUGUAGCCGCUGCCAUAAAAGCAGGAUUUUAUGACAUUGGUAUUGGGGCUGGGUUGGAGUCCAUGACAGCCAAUCCAAUGGCAUGGGAAGGGUCAGUCAACCCAAAAGUGAAGAGCUUUGAACAGGCACACAACUGUCUUCUUCCAAUGGGUGUUACUUCAGAAAACGUAGCAGCUCGGUUUGGUGUCACGCGGGAGGAGCAGGAUCAAGCUGCUGUUGAGUCUCACAGAAAGGCAGCUGCUGCUACUGCUUCUGGUAAAUUCAAGGAUGAAAUAAUCCCUGUAACCACCAGGAUUGUUGACCCAAAGACCGGCGAUGAGAAGGCCGUGACAGUCGCUGUUGAUGAUGGGAUUAGGCCGAGCACAACCCUUUUGGAUCUUGCGAAGCUGAAGCCUGUAUUUAAGAAGGACGGAACCACGACUGCUGGAAAUUCGAGCCAAAUAAGUGAUGGAGCAGGAGCUGUUCUUCUAAUGAAGAGAAGUGUUGCGAUGCAGAAAGGACUGCCCAUUCUUGGUGUAUUCAGGACAUUUGCUGCGGUUGGUGUAGACCCAGCAAUCAUGGGGGUGGGACCAGCUGUUGCCAUUCCUGGUGCAGUUAAGCAGGCGGCUGGUCUGGAACUCGAUGACAUCGACUUGUUCGAGAUCAACGAGGCAUUUGCAUCGCAGUUUGUGUACUGCCGGAACAAGCUGGGACUUGACCCAGAGAGGAUAAAUGUCAAUGGAGGAGCCAUGGCCAUCGGACAUCCGUUGGGCGCCACAGGGGCGAGAUGCGUGGGGACAUUGUUGCACGAAAUGAAGAGGAGAGGGAGAGACUGCAGGUACGGGGUGGUGUCGAUGUGCAUUGGGACUGGGAUGGGCGCAGCUGCUGUGUUCGAGAGAGGUGACGGAGUGGACGACCUCUCCAAUGCCCGUAAAGUGGAAGCCCAUGGCUUUCUCUCCAAGGACUCCCGUUAAAGACCCUCUCACCCUUUCUCUCCAUUACAAAUAAAUAUAUUCAAUGUCUCUGGUCUAUAUAUGCCUCUCGUAGGAAUUUGCGUCUGAACAAACCAUUCCCGCUCGUUAAAGACUACUUCCAAAGUGUUCACCGUUGGAGAUUUCAUCUCUCCCUUGUCGGAAUAAAUGGAAACAAAGUUCAUAUUUAGCA